AAAAAUCGCCAAAACUAUCGUCUAAAGUCCCCCCACCUUGGGUCCGGCUGAUCAUGCAGCAUGUGCCCGCUAGCGUUCACCAACACUAAAAUCAAAACAACGUGAAAUCAGCCCAAAAAUGACAAAUUUACGCAAGGAACUGGAAAAAUGCAAACACCCCAAUAGCAGAAAAACAAAGGCACUGGGCAAAAAAGCACGCCGACAGAACAACAAACACAAAGUGCGUUUGGGACAUGCUAUUAAAAGCAAUAUAACCGGCGAGAAACUGAGUUGGUUUCUUGCGCAAAUUGAUGAAAACCGUACCGAAGCGCUGAGCCCACAGGAACUAGAGGAUCUGAUCGAGCUAUAUUUCACCCGUUUCGACGAGGAACUGGAGCAGAUAAACCUGAAGCAAUCAAUUGGCAAACAUCGGGCAAAUCAGCAUGCUGCUCGCAAGGAUGUGAUCACAAUUACUCUGGAAAAGGAACGCAAUGAGUUUCGCAGUGGCGGUCUGGAGCUGGUUAACCUUUGCGAUCCUGUGAAGCUAAAAAUGCUACGUGAUUGGGACGGCAGUGCGCUGAGCGUGCAGCACCUUAAACUCGACCUAGUGUCCUACAAUAUGCUGCAAAGGCUCAAAAAAGAAGCGGAAAAGAAGGAACCAGCCAGCGAGCAAAUGGAAACGUAAAAUAAAUAUUUAGCAAAAUUAAA